AUGUCAGACAGUGAGGAAAAUUUACAUAGGCUCGAAGGCACUUCAUCUGAUGCUCCUUGUGGUUUAAUUAUUAAGAAAAAAGAUAAACCCCCUGAUUUUCAAUUUGCUAGACCUUCUUUAUUAGGUUUAGAUAAAUUAGCCGCUGCUAAAAGGAAGCAAAAUCGGUUAAUUUCUUUUCAAAACGAGGAUAAUGACGGAGAGGAAUCUGAUAGUAAACAAGAUUCUUCUGAUGGUAAAGGAAGAAAAUACAGAAAACAUAAUGAAGAAACACCUACUUAUACAGGAGGCUUAUCAGAACAAGCAAGGGAACGCAUGCUAGAAAGACUACAAAAAAAAGAAAAAGAAACAAGGGAGAAAGGUGUACAUUAUUCGACACAGGAAGAGAAAAAAUCUAGAUCUAAAGAAGAUGAUGAUAGUCAUUAUCACCGCUACGAUCGACGUGAUAGAGAUAGGCGCCGAGAUGAUGAUAGAAGAGAUAGAUAUAGAGAUAGAGAGAGAAGUGAUAGAAGUGAAAGAGAUAGGAGGAGAGACUCGGAGAGACGAGAUCGGGAUACAGACAGAGACAGCUCUCGUAGAAGUUAUUAUGAGCCAAGAUUUAAGGAUGAACCUAGAACUCCAAGUAUCAAAGCUCUCAAACCAACUGAUAAAACAGCAUGGGAUGAUGAUGACGACGAUCCUAAAGCUGUCCGUAAAUCUAGCUGGGACUUUCCCACACCAUUACCAAGGGAUACUGACAGAUAUAAAAAGCCUUCUAAAGACUAUAAAGGACGUCCAUAUGAUGACACUGUUAGAGCUACACCACAUAAAUGGGUGAGCUCUCGUCGAGGCUUAGAUGUCGAUGAUCCUGAAUGGCAAGAAGCUGAAAAGAAAUUGGACAGAGCUUGGUAUAAUAUGGGUGAAGGUGAAACAGACGAAUCUGACCCCUUCGCUGGAACAAGUGCAGAAUACAUAGCACGUAAAGAAGAACAGAUAGAAAAGCGUCGCAAUAGAAAAGUGUCAGCCGCGAGACAACAGAUAGAUAAGGAUAACGAGCUGUGGGAGAGAAACAGAAUGCUCACCAGCGGGGUGGUGCAUUCUAUCAAUGUUAAUAAUGAUUUGGAUGAGGAAAGCGUAGAUCGUGUUCAUCUGUUAGUACACAACAUCGUACCUCCUUUCUUAGACGGUAGGAUAGUCUUCACCAAACAACCAGAGCCUGUUAUACCAGUAAAGGAUCCCACAUCGGACAUGGCUUUAAAUGCUCGAAAAGGUUCGGCGCUGGUAAAAGCCUUUAGAGAACAGAAGGAGAGAAGGAAAGCGCAGAAGAAACACUGGAAGUUAGAGGGAACUAAAAUUGGCAACAUAAUGGGUAUCCAGAGGAAAGAAGAAGAAAUGGAGGACGGUCCCACAAAGACAGCUUACAAAUAUGCACAACAUAUGGAUAAAGACGAGAACCAGAAAGAACCGGAAUCUAAGUCGGAUUUCGUAAAGAAAAUGUCAAUUGGGGAACAAAGGCGGUUCUUGCCGGUGUUCGCGGUGAGAGAGGAGCUGAUGCAGGUCAUCAGAGAGAACAGUGUCGUUAUUAUUGUUGGCGAGACGGGCAGCGGCAAGACGACGCAGCUGACGCAGUACCUGCACGAGGAGGGCUACAGCCGGCGCGGCGUGGUGGGCUGCACGCAGCCGCGCCGCGUCGCCGCCAUGUCCGUCGCCAAGCGCGUCUCCGACGAGAUGCACGUCAAGCUGGGUGAAGAAGUAGGUUACGCGAUCCGUUUCGAGGACUGUACAUCUCCAGACACGAAGAUCAAGUAUAUGACGGACGGCAUACUGCUGCGCGAGGGGCUGCGCGAGCCCGACCUCGAGCAGUACUGCGCCAUCAUCAUGGACGAGGCCCACGAGAGGUCCCUCUCUACUGAUAUGCUGUUCGGGUUGCUGAGAGAGAGU